CUCCGACAAGCUGGAGGCAGUUGCCUUCUUUGGCAGGUCAUAGUCCAGAUGAAGCAGAUGCUUACCCUUUUCGGCUACUUUGAGAUCUUUACGAAAUUCAAAUUAUCUCGGAAUUAUUGCACCACCUGCAUCUUUCUUCGUAUACACUCAACGUCCAACUUUGAUUCACCAACUGCGAAAUGUCUGCACCUAGAAUUCCAAGGUCUACACGACCGAAAUGGAUCGUGGCUCACUUUAUGGUUGGAAACACAUAUCCCUACGCCGUUGACGACUGGCAGGCAGACAUAGAUCUGGCUAGUGAUUACGGAUUCGAUGGGUUUGCUCUCAACGUAGGUCGAGAAGACUGGCAGCUGGCACGAGUCGCGGAUUGUUUCGAAGCUGCCCGCCGGUCUUUGAAGCCUUUCAAACUAUUCCUUAGUUUUGAUAUGGCAUCAAUUCCAUCCGGAGAUCGAAAGGACGUCGCCCUAAUCCUCGGUUAUCUUGAUCGAUUUGCACGGCAUCCGAAUUACUUCGUCCAUGCCAGUGGUAUAGUGGUAUCUACCUUUGCAGGUCAAGAGAGUUUCUUUGGAUUUCCUUCACUGAACGAAGCGUGGUUGCAUGUGAAACAUGCCAUAGAGCAUUGCGUCAAGAAACCCGUCCAUUUUAUACCGUCCUUCUUCGUUGACCCUAGGCGGUAUCCGUCUCUCACGUGUAUGAACGGAUACUUCCACUGGAAUGGUGGCUGGCCUCUCCAUCUCGCCCCACAAUCCCCGCGCCAUGAAGUCCACCUUCCAAAACUUGACAGCGAUCAGCCUCAUAUCGCUCAUCUUGGACGAAGAACAUACAUGGCGGCUAUAUCUCCUUGGUUCUUCACGCAUUAUGGAAGAGAAAGUUGGAACAAGAACUGGAUCUAUAGAUCGGACGAUCAUCUCCUAAUUCGCCGAUGGGAAUACUUACUCUCGAUACGCGACGAUGUUGAUAUUGUGCAAUUCAUCUCAUGGAAUGACUACGGAGAGUCGCAUUACAUCUCACCACCUCGUGGAGCGCAGCCCAAUUCUCAGGCAUGGGUUGACAAUUGUCCCCAUGACUCUUGGUUGUCGCUCAACUCUAUGUUCAUUCAAGCCUUCAGGAAUUCCAGUAUGUACCACAAGACCGAUGCUGGCGGCGUAUUCAAUGAUGUCCGACUCGGGCUUCGUCUCGGCACGGUUCCCAAAGAAACAGAGAACUACAUAUGGAUGUGGGCUCGACCACAUUCGAAGUACGCUAUCGCGACGAACGAUUCUAUUAGGAAGCCAGAUAAUUGGGAACUUACGGAUGACCUCUUCUGGGUCGUCACUGUGACUUCUUCUACACACCCCACUACACUCAAACUGUCAACCGGCGGAUCAGAUCCUCAGUCGGUGUUCUAUCAGAUACCGCCGUCGCACGAACAAGAUGAUGAAAGCCCACAGAGAGAGCAACGGCGGCGGCGGUUGUCGAAAUUCUCACAUCGGCUUGUCCCCGGCGAGAGUAUGCGCGCUGAACUGAUCAGAGAGGGUAGAAUCGUAGCUGCUUGUGACCCGGGACCGGAGUUUAGGUUUGAAAGAGAACCUAGGACUUACAACUUCAAUGCCUUUGUUUGUACGAACCUGGGAAACCAAUAGUGUAUUUAUUGCCCAGCGCCCGGGAAUAAACUGAAAAUUUCCAGCUGGCAUGAGUAAUGCACACAACAGCGCUACGGUCCACGAAUGCCACCGAAAC